CCUUGAAAAACAGGGUAUGGCCCAAACUAAACUGACAACAAACUAGGCCCAGCCAGUCUCAGACCAAAACUACGACCCAUGUUUUCACGGCCCUUGAAACAACUGCAUUUCGACAAAAAGAAAAAAAAAAAGAAAGAAAAUAAGGACACGAAGUGCACGAAUCGGUAAAUCGUAACCCACGAACCCACGAUCUCUCCUCCAUCUACGAAACCCUUCUUCACCACUUUCUCCAAAUCGCACCGUUUUCAACGCUUCAUAAUUUCAUAACCGUCUCGCCAUAACGUUUCCUCCGCCGUAAUUACCACGGUAUCAUUUUUGCAGAAGCUUCCAAAUCGAAGCUGUGACCUAAUUCCUCUUCAACCAAUUUUAUCACACGAAUGUGUUCGCUUUAAAUCAUGGAAGAAAUAGUUGCAUCUUCUGAUAAAGAGAAAACAAAUGAAGGAAACAGAAACUGUAAUAGUAAUAAUGAUAAUUUAGCUGCAACUGUUGCAUGUGAAGAUGAAGAACCUAGAACUGGGAUGACAUUUAGUUCUGAAGAAGAAGUUACUAGGUAUUAUAUGAAUUAUGCCAAAAAUAUUGGUUUCGGAGUUGGAAAAAUAAGUUCGAAAAACGGAGAUGAUGGAAAGAAAUAUUUUACUUUAGCUUGUAAUUGUUCGAGAAGGUACGUUAGUACUUCGAAGAAUCCUUCGAAGCAAUAUCUUACUUCGAAAACACAAUGUCGGGCUAGGUUGAAUGCAUGUAUGGCUUUAGAUGGAACAAUUACUGUUUCAAGAGUUGUUUUGGAACAUAAUCAUGAACUUGGCUUUGCCAAAGGACGGUAUUUUAGAUUGGAUGAGAGUUUGGGGCCUCCUCGUUUAGAACUUAAUGAUCAAGUUGCGAAUAGUGUUGGCAAAAAUCUUCAGUCUGUGGCUGUUGAAACAAAUGGGUUUGAGAAUCUUACUCUUGGAGAAAAAGAUUGUAGAAACCAUGUACCCAAAGUAAGGCGGCUAAGACUUGGGAGAGGAGAUGUUGAUGCAAUUCAUAGCUUUUUUCAUAGAAUGCAAAAGCAAAAUAGUCAAUUUUAUUGCGCAAUGGAUAUGGAUGACAAAGGGAUUAUACAAAAUUUAUUUUGGGCAGAUGCGAGGAGUAGGGCUGCAUAUGAAUAUUUUGGUGAAGUUAUAACUUUUGACACCACUUAUUCAAUAGAUAAAUAUGACUUGCCAUUGACCCCUUUUGUUGGAGUGAACCAUCAUGGCCAGUCUAUUUUGUUAGGGUGUGCAAUAUUGUCGAACAUGGAUACUAAAACUCUUACUUGGUUGUUCACAAGAUUGUUAGAAUGUAUGCAUGGACAUGCUCCAAAUGGCAUAAUUACUAAUGAGGAUAGCGCGAUGAAAAGCGCAAUUCAGGAUGUCUUUCCGAAAGCUCGUCAUCUAUGGUGCUUGUGGCAUAUAAUGAAAAAGGUUCCAGAAAUCUUGGGUAAACACUCUUGUUAUGAGUCUAUCAAAACACUUUUGGAUGGUGUGGUAUAUGACUCUUUGAGCAAAAGUGAUUUCACAGAGAGGUGGGGAAAUAUGGUUGAACAUUAUAAACUGCAUGACAAUGAAUGGUUAAAAGGGUUAUUUGAUGAGCGACAUCGUUGGGUUCCUGUGUAUGUGAAAGAAACAUUUUGGGCUGGAAUGUCGACUACACAAAGGAGUGAAAGUAUAGACUCGUAUUUUGAUGGGUAUGUAAACUCAAAGACAACAUUGAAGCUAUUUGUUGAACAGUAUGACACUGCAUUGAAUGAUAAAAUCGAAAAGGAAAGCAUGGCUGAUUUUGAUUCAUUUAACACAACAAUUGCUUGUGUAAGUCAUUUUGGCUUUGAGAUCCAAUUCCAGAAGGCAUUUACCAAUGCAAAAUUCAUAGAAUUUCAAGUAGAGGUUUCUUCUAUGAUGUAUUGUAAUACUAGCUUUGAGAGAUUGGAGGACUCAAAUUCAAUAUUCUCUGUUACUGAAAAUAAGAAAGUAAAUGAGAAAAUUAAGGAUGUGGUGUUUAAGGUAUCUUUCAAUGAAAAAGACUUCAAAUUGCGGUGCACAUGUUGCUUAUUUGAGUUUAAAGGAAUUUUAUGCAGACACAUUCUUUGUGUGCUUAAGCUCGUUGGCAAAACAGAUUCGGUGCCGCCUUAUUAUAUUUUUCCACGGUGGAUGAAGUAUGUAAAGCGGAGAUAUACACUGAUUAAACGUGGUUUUGAAGAAUUGCAACGUGUUAAUAUAGCAUGUGAUGCCUUUUAUGAAGUUGCUUCUACAAUGAUAAAUUCUGAAGAUGAUUUAUUGAAAGUGCUGAAUUUGAUCAAGGACUUGAAAAAUGUGUUGACUUGUAAAGAACCCUCCUCUAGAAGUGCACAUGAACUUAGUUCAGUUCCAAACCAUGUAACUAGGAUGCUUGAUCCGACAGUAACUCAAAGUAAUGGGUGUCCUCCUUUGAAAAGGAAAACAUCUAAUAUUGAUCAAAUUUUGAAGAAGAAGCUUGCAAGAAACAAACAAAAGAACAACCAGGAAAAUAAAAAUGAUCAAUGUCAAGAAGAGGGCUUAUUAUGUACACCUAUUGUUCAAGAAAUUGAUAAUGAAGAACAUCUUGGUGAUGCCAGCCAGGUUCUAUAUUGUCCUCAAAUCAGAAACCAGAAUGUUUCCUGUUCUGAACUUUUACAGGCACAACACCACAUGAAUGAUCCAUCAUCAUAAGACAUAGAUCAAGCACUACUCUGGACAUGACAGUUAUAGUUGUAAAUAAAUUGUUAAAAAAGUGGUCUGUUUUUGCAAAUAUUUAGUUAUUUCUUUUACCAUUUAAAUAGAACGAUUUUGAUAUUGUUGAUAUUCAAUUAUUAAUCG